AUGUCAAAUAUCUCCCAGUCCAAAGAUCUGAGUGAACGAGUAGCACUAUGCGAACCACUGCGUAUGUAUUUAAAACCAAUAGCACGUAUCAACAUUACCGUGCCUAUUCCGCCAUCGAUGCGUGUCACUGGUGCACAAAUACCAUCGUGGGAAAUAAUGGACAAAAUUCGAGAAUUGAUUCUACCGGAUGAAUUUGUUUUUCUACGUUUAUUGAAAAAUACUGGAGAGUUAUUUCGUUUCGAAGGUGAAUUAGAAUCAAAAGCGAUUGCUCGCAGUUGUUUAACACGUUUGGAUAAUACAUUGAUACGAUUGGAAACAUCGGGCAAUGAAUUUCGUUUACGUGCAGCCGAAGCGAAGUUGCCCUAUCCAACCCGAACGGAAUGGGAAACGUUUUUCCGAGAAACCAAAGGAAUGAAUGAAACUAAACCUGGUGAACGUGCAGACACGAUUCACAUCGAAGGUUUACCGAUACGAUGGUUUCAAGCGAAACAAAAUCCAUUACAAGCUGCUCAAGCAGCUGCUGCAGCUAUUGGUCCUAGUGGUUUACCUGUAUCAUCAGCAACUUCUAACACAGAUGACAAGGAGAACAAACCAUCCAUUGAAAUUUUGCAACAAGUAUUUUCCGCCUUUGGCGAAAUUCGUUGCUGUGAUCUUCCAUGUCUUGAUCCAUAUCGUACUGUCAAUGGUACUUUAGGUACUAAUGUUCCCGUUCAACAGGUUACAACAUUUGAUGCAUAUAUUCAAUACAGUGAAUAUAUCGGAUUUGUUAAAGCAAUGGAUGCUUGUCGAAAUAUGAAAUUAAUGAUUACCGAUGAAACAAAUACAGCGUAUUCAGCAAAUAUUAAAGUCGAUUUUGAUCGUACAAGACAUUUGUCGGAUCGGAUGAUUAAAAAGCGUCGUAUUGAGCAAAUGAAAGCUACGGAAUUAAAUAAAUUGAAACAAGCAGAUACUCAAAGACUGCGUGACGAAGACGAACGUCGGAAAGAAAUUGAACGUUUAAGAAUUGAAUUACAGGAUGCCGAAGCUGAAGAUGUGGCUGGAAGUAAAGAUGUAACAAAGGAUAAUCGUCGUCGACAACGAGAAGAAAAACGACGAUUAAAACGUUUAGAAAGUAAACGUUUACAUGAAGAGAAGACUCUGGCAAUGAAGAUCGCCUUAGAAGAACGAAAAAUGCUAAUCGCUCAUCGAAAAUUGGAAUCAAUGAGAUUACUCGAAGAACUAUUCAAUCGUGUCAAAGUGCAAAUUGCUCAAGAAGAAUUAAGCAAAAAAGAACGUGAACUUCAAGAACAACGUUUACGCGGCAUGGACAUCGAUACUACAAAUCUGAACACACCUCCGCCAUUUAUGCCUACCCAACCGUCAACAUCAACUGCAAAAGAAUAUAAAUCCUUGAACACAAGUAACAACAAAGAUAUGAUUGAAGCGCAAUUGAAUGAAUUACGUAAAGAAUUUUAUCAAAAAGAUGAAACCAUUGAUGAUAUUCUUCGAAAACGAACAACAAUUAACGAACGAAAAGUGUUUUGA